AUGAAAAAAACUUAAGGGAAUGGUUUUAGAGUGAGAGAUGGCUCAUCUAAAAUAAAGAAAGCAGGGGAACUUUUAGCUUCUUUAUAGUACAGUAUCAAGUGUAAAUCUUACACUCCACAACACCGAUCAAUAAAAUAGUUAACUAAUUAUCCUUUGAAAACACAAGCCAAAUAAGAUGUGAAACCUUUGGUUUAACCUCGAAAUGCAUUCCAACGUCAAACCAGUAUCAAUUGUCAACAAAGACCUUCGUUAUUAUCAGUGAUUACAUCAGAGAGCAACAUGAGUGCUGACGAGGAAUACGAAAUUUGGGACAAUAAUUAGGAUCUGAGGGUGUAAAAAAUGACAAUAGAAGAAUCGAAGCCUUCUGUUGGAUAAUUUUUAUAAUUGUACAAAGCAAGAUUUGGAGGUUUUCCAGGACAGAAAUAAUGCAUAAGAAAUGAGGAUGUAAUAAAAGUCGCUGUUGAAUAUGCCUCGACUAAUAAACAACUAUUUAAGAAGUAUUUCCCCAAGAAACAGAUUGUAGGACGAUCAUCAUUUUUAGAGUUUCAAUAAUUUUUUUAAAAUAUAAGAAGUCCAAUACUCUUCUUAAAAUCUAAUACUUCACGUAUUUGA